AUGUAUCAAGACACUAUGCAAAAAUCAGUUGGUCUCAAUCGUCCUAUAACGUCUUCGAAUGCGAUUAUAGCUGGCCACUGUGCGACCAUACGAAACACAAAGAUCUCUCUCGAUGCACAAACUCUUUCGAAUAUUUUAAAUGAUGUUGUUCGUGAAUUGAAAGCGAGUACAUCGUUUUCUGCAUCGUAUCUCAAUUCGUUGAACGCGGUAGUUCUCUCAUUGAGAUCGACUCUACCGCCUGCAUUGUUAUCACUCAAUUCACAUUACUUUUUCGUUCUUGUUCGCGAUGCAAUACAAGUUCUUCUACAACACUUGUGCACGAAGUAUCACCUGAAUCAACCUGCAACAUACCUACUUCGGAAUUGCGUGGUAUUGUUGAAAUACUUAGUCAAGAAUACCAAAGACGUUUCGAAACUUCUCCAUUGGAUAACUAAUUUAACAUUCAUUGAUACCAUCGCGAAUUGUUUAGACCAAAUCGAACGAAUAGCAAAACUUAGUAGUCAUCGACUUUUUAUCAAACAAAUCGCACGUUUGCUGAAGAUGUUCAAUGACAUCCAGGCACGUCUACCAAUUGAGCAACACAAUAGUCUAUUCUCUCGUUUGCUGAAACCGGUAAUCAAAUGUUUGAAAUCUCCGCUUUACGUCGAAACUUUCAAUGGUUUAAAGCUCAAUUCGAAGUUGACUAAACCAUUUGAAAAAUUACUUCUGGUUAAAUGUCCUCAAUUUCUUGAAACUUAUAACGGUCCACAUAUGGGUGAAACGGUUGAAGAAGUUCUGGAACUGAUACUACCACGUUAUGUGUCAAUACUUGAUACGCAUAUAACUAGCAUUACUACAUGGACAAGUUCAGUUAAGCGCGCUGUGUAUCAUUUGUUGAAAAUUCUGGUUUAUGCAGAAGAUUAUUUCACUUUGUACUUAAAUGAUCAAUUGCUAGAAAAGCUAACCAAUCAUCUGUUACGAAUAGUCUCCGAGCCGACUUUAACCAAAAGUAUCACUCAAACAAGUAAUAAUCUCCAGUCUUUGAUCAUCCACGCAACAUUGGAAGUUUUCGAUGUCUUAAUCCACGAAGUAAAAGCACUCAAUUAUCUUAAACGAUCUAAAGCAGCUGAGACUUUCGAGAAACUCCUCUCCUCGCCAAAGGCAAGCAUCACCUCAAAAUCCUAUGACAUGCUUGCGUAUACAUUAAAUAUAAAUGAUGUUAAAGAAGCACGGGAGUAUUUUCCUCGAUUCACUUGUAAUGUUCUUAAUUUAUUGUAUGAAGCGGUUGAAUCGAACCAUCCAGCGAAUAAUGAUUCUGAUUAUGUUCAGAGAAGUGUUCUACAAUUUGCAGAAACAUUAGCAGGUCUCGUUCGAUAUGAACAAGUCAAACAAGAGCUCAUCAAACAAAGUGCGGUACCAUUUCUUGUUAAAUCUUCAGAGAAACUCACUGGGUCCGCAAAACAAUUCGUGUUAGACGCAAUUUGGACAUUAUCAUUCGAUGAAAAGAUAGCUCAACAACUUCGAGAUGAUUCGCAAUUCAUUGAAUCGUUACAAAACAUCACGAAACCUACCAACAAUUCUUUCGAAAACGGAUCAAAUGAAACAGCGGAAGAUGGAAUUUACAAAACGGCCAUUGGCCUUCUUUGGACACUUCGCAAAGAACCUCAAGUUACACAAGAUGCAUCCAAGACAGCACCUCCAUCGAACAAAUUUGAUGUCGCUAUCUCCUAUUCUAUCAAAGAUAAAGAUGUAGUUAACAGAUUGGAAGAGACUUUGAUCAACGAAGGCUAUGCAGUGUGGAUCGAUCGGGAUAUUCUGCACAGACAAAGUAUGGAAAGCGUGAGUGAAGCGAUGAACAAGUCAACGGUGGUAAUUGUUUGUCUAUCGGAAUGGUAUGUGCGUGAUAAUCAAUGUGUAUGUGAAAGUGUUUAUGCCGUGAAUUCGAAGCGUGUUGUUGUGCCACUGAUUGUGGAGAAGGGGUAUGUGGUGAAUAGUUGGCUGUUGUCGAUGUUGAAUAAAAGCGGCAUAAUUGAAUACGAUGUUAACGAUUUGAAGCGAAACAAUGAACUAGUGAUGAAAGAAAUUAGUCAGCAUUGCCGAAACAAAGGUUCCAAAGUUAAAAUAAACACACCAACGCCCAACAGCGUACUGAAUGGCAAUAAAGAAAAUACAUUUGCUCGCAUUAUUCCAACACCGGUGUUAUCGGGACGCGUAUCUGCUGGAAGUGAUAGACAACAGCAACAGGAAAAUGCUUCUCGGUCGAAUUCUAGGCAAACUGUAUCUAGCACAAGACCUACAUCGACGACUCCUGUAUCUCGCAUGACUUCAUCAUCGACAACACCCACAAGUCGAACGCCACUAUCAGCAACACCUACGUUCGUUAAUGCAAACUACGAAAAAUUUCUUCCACAAGACUAUACGAAACGUGAUACAAGCGACGCAACUUAUCAUUCGAUGCCUAUAAACGCUUGGAAAAAGAAAGAGAUCUUAGAUUUUCUAUAUGAUUGUAAUUUGAUACUGAUGAUGCCACUAUGCGACACGAUGACAGGCCGUUCUUUGGUAGGAUUCUUCCGAAUGUGUCAGGCGGAUCCUUCUCGUGUAUACGGACAACUGAGCGAUGAAUUGCGUAGUCGAUACCGUGGUUUAACUCUACCAAUCGGUGUGUACAGUCAAUUCUUAAUCGAGAUGGAUAAUUUAAUGAGUUCUCAAGCUAACCAUACUCAGAUAUUACCGUUUUCUUCCAUGAACAACAAGUAUCAAAGCACACCUAUGCCUGUCAGUACUGAUCAAUCGCAGUACCCAUUACCUCUACAAGCAAGAUCGUCAUCGAGUUUCUCAAAUACUCCUAAACCGUUAGAAAUAAUACCGGAAGCACAGAUAUCUUACAAUGAGCGAGUCGCACAUCGUGCAACCUUUCGUCCAGGUUCGGCUGCUGAUCAUCCGUAUAAUUUCAGCUCCGAAGCGGACGAACAAUCCAAACUGGUAUUUGAACAGCUCGCACGCUAUGAAAAUCAAGUGUAUGCACCACAACAACGGGCAUAUGAUUAUUGA